CUUACAUGGACCUGCUCCACGACGGCGCUACUCAACCGUGCUUCAUGAAAACAGGGCCAACUAGGGGAUUUAGCACAUCCUCGCUUCGACGAGUGUGGGCGUCCCGUCCCGUCCCACGGCACCACCCCGAAGUAGAUAUAAUAUACUGGGUCCCAUCUGCGCUUUCAAAAUAUCGAAUCCUACCUGCACUCAUCUAUACGAAAUCACAAAGGUAAUAAUUACGGGAGCUGUAUCUCCGAAGUCGCUUGCAAAUUCGCGCAGGACGUCUUCCAUUCGCAGCCAUCUUCCGCAGCACGUCGCCGAUUCCUAUGCCUAAUUUUAAUGAAUCGCCGUAGCUGCGCACACGUACGUUUCAAUGUGACCUAGGCGCCAAGCUCAGUGACUAUUGACUCGACGCGUAUAAAUGGUCGCCAGUAUUGUCAUACUCCCCAUCGUCCUUCUCAAUGAUGUCUUUCUUAUUUGCGACCUUCAUUUUCCUUUAUCAAGUCUUCCUGUUUCCAACGGUACUGUCCCAAAGCGACUUUGAUUGGAGCACUAUUGAACCAACGGGCAAUUUGUCUUGGGUUGAUUGCUAUUCCGGCUUUAAAUGCACGCGUUUCCAGGUACCCAUCGACUACUCGAACGAGGAUGGCGACAAAGCGGCUCUGGCGGUCAUGAAGCUUUCCGCGCAGUCCGAAACCGAGUAUAAAGGAACGGUGAUGAUGAAUCCGGGAGGCCCUGGUGGCAGCGGUGUCGUCUAUUUGGCUUCCAUUGGUCCUUUGCUUUCGUCAGUUAUUGGGAACCAAUACGAUAUCAUCAGCUUCGAUCCUCGUGGAGUUGGUAAUUCGACACCUCGAGCGGAGUUCUUCCUCUCCAAAGAAGAGCAUUAUCAAUGGCUUGCUGAUACCAAUCAUUGGACUGCUGCUGUUAACACGACCUCGGACCAGAUACCUCACUUAUGGGCAUCUGCGCAAGUUAUAGCUGAACUUGCGAAAGAAAGAGAUAACGGAAUCCUGAAUUACAUUGAUACUGACAACGCUGCCCGGGAUAUGCUGCGAAUUAGUGAGGCAGCGGGUCAAUCGAAGCUGCAGUACUGGGGAAUUUCUUAUGGGACGGUUCUUGGCUCUACAUUUGCUACCAUGUUUCCAGACAAAAUCGAACGCAUGCUCCUUGAUGGUGUGUUGGACGUGGAUGGUUAUUACAGUGGUGACUGGCGCAAUCAAGUGGCCGAUGUUGAGAAAGACAUGCAAUCAUUCUUUGAUGGCUGUGUGGCUGCUGGCCCUGACGCCUGUGCAUUCUAUGCUUCCACCUCUGAGGAGAUAUCAAAAAACCUCGACGCCAUAUACCAGUCCCUUCUUACUGAACCCGUCCCGGUCAUAAUCCCUUCUACGUCUUCCUAUGGUGUCGUCGACUACGCCGCCCUGCAAAUCGCAGUCAAGAAUGCCCUGUUCCAACCCUAUGCAUACUUCUCUAUUCUCGCACAAGGCCUGGCGAAUCUCGCAGUAGGGAACGGCAGCAUUAUUUACGAGAUGCAAGCGACAGUGUAUGACCCAUCUUCUGUUUACGAUAAUUCCUGGGAGGCGGAGAUGGCUAUUUCGUGCAGCGAUGCGUUGAAUAACACAGAAUCUAUUGCAGACCUGUUUGCAUACUGGGACAGUGUCCAGGGUGUAUCGCCUUUUGCGUUUAUGCUAAUGACACAGAGGAUCGCCUGCUCUGGAUGGAAGUUUCAUCGAGAAGAUGGAUUUACAGUCGGCGGAAAUACCAGCUAUCCUAUUCUUUUUAUAGGGAAUACAGCUGAUCCUGUGACUCCCCUUUCUUCGGCAAAGAAAACAUCAAGCGCUUUCCCCGGAUCUGUCGUCCUUACUCAAAAUUCAUCUGGGCAUACCUCCUUAGUAGCUUCCUCCUCCUGCACUCAUGCGUACGCGCGAGCUUAUUUCCAAAACGGCACUUUACCUAAUGACGGAGUUGUCUGCGAAGUUGAGACUGAGCUGUUCUCGACGUCGUCAUAUCCACCUCUGCGACGUUCCUUCCGUGGCUGAAACGAUUCCAGAACUUAGCUCUGGCCCCGUUCUCUCAGCAUGAACUCGUGCUUGUUGCUUAUUCGCGUUAAGCAGGCACUAUACCGGACUUUCUUUUGUUUCGAAAUGAUCAUUACUUACACAAAAAUAUUAAAUAUCCGAUGAUCCCAGAAGAAUUACCGCAAAGACCGGCAGCUGAUGGCAUUCAUAGAAACAAAAAUCCCGAAUCAAGAGGGGUGAUCGCUGCAUCGCGAAGGAACAAGGAAGGAUACGUAUGAUAUUUUUAGUUGUUUGCCAGGAAUCCUAAUGUUUCUAUAUGCAUCGAACGAGUGAGUUUUUGACUGAAC